AGGCCUGACGAGGCAACAUUUUGUUUUCUUUCUUGGUGUGCUUCUCGUUUUUAUAUUUUCUUCUUCAUGGAUUCAGGUGAUCCAAAUUUUUUGUCUUUACUGCUUUCCAUUGGUCGCGAACUGACUGAUGAAGAUUUUGAGAAUUUGAAGUUUUUGUGCGAGGGCACGAUUCCUGCGAGUCAUCUCGAGACGGUGAAGCGUCCGCGGGAGCUUUUUCUUGAACUAAUUCACUGCUGUGAUCUCAGCAACGAAAAUAAAGACCCGCUGUCCUCACUGCUCUUCCACAUUGGACGGCAAGACCUUAGGAAUCGCCUUCUUGGAGUCCAAGGAGUGGUUAUUAAAAAGGCAUUCCAGAACCUAGGUGGCAUUCCCUCCAAAGUUCCAAACUUUGUUGGGCGGAAAGGUCAAUGUUCCACAGUCAUGGAAAAACUUUCAGCGAGUGAUUCCUGCCAGAUAGUCUCCAUUACUGGACCUCCUGGGUUUGGAAAGUCUGCAGUAGCCAUUCAAGUAGGACAUGAAUUAAUAGCACAAGGAAAAACAAAUGUGUAUUAUGUCUCCCUCAGGAGUUUGACAUCCUUAAAUGCAAUGGUGAACUCCCUUCUAGGAGCUCUUCAAAUUUUGGCCGGUAAGCAGCCAAUCCAGCAGGCCAAGCACUGUCUUCGCACUUUAACAAAACACUGUGUCAUCAUUCUGGACAAUGCUGAAGACAUGUUACUGCCCCACGUGAAGGAUGAAUUUUGUAAUUUUAUUAGCACUGUUGCACAGACUGCUGCCCAUGUGAAAAUCUUGAUUACAUCUCGUCAGUCAAUUACUUUCUUUUCUGUUGAAAUGUUUGAGCUUCGGCUAGACUCGCUUUGUCCAGAUCAUGCCAAAGAAUUGCUUCUGACGCUGGAGUCAAAAGUAUCUGGACAGGAUGCAGAACAGCUAGCCAAUCACUGUGGUGGGGUGCCACUGGUUCUGCGCACCACAGCAGCCCUUCUGGCAAAGGGAGUAGAUGCUAAAGCUCUCAUACAUGAGUUCCAGAUGAGCCCAGUGUCAACUCUAAAAUCUUUUAGUCUCAAUUCACUGAGCCAUGAGCAUCAACUAUUUAACUGUCUCAGAAUCUGCUUCAGCCGACUGGAACCUGACCAGCAAGUUGCCCUGAUUUCUCUAGCAGUUUUCCCAACAACAUUCACUGUGACUGAUGCCCAUUUUCUCCUCAAAGACUUGUCAGACUACAAAUUGGGGAUAUUACUUCAAAACCUUGUGGAUAAUUCCAUGCUCCAAUUUGAUCAUUUGCUAAAGCAGUAUUACGUACACAAUAUUAUCCAGUCAUUUUGUCAUGACUGCAUGAACCAGGAAGAAGAUUUGUACCCAUUUUACCAAUCAGCUAAGAAAGUUUUCAACAUUCACUACUUGGGGAAACUAAAAGAACUCUAUGCUGUUUUCCUGUCCAAAGAUUGCUGCCAGGCUGUCCAGGUUUUCUUAGUCAAUCGGCUUAACAUCAGGCAGGCCCUGAAAGACUCUGUAACUGAUCCUGACUUGGAAAAAAGGUGCAUUGACACUGCUGUUGAAGUAACUCCUUUUCUAGCAAAGGUGUUCAGAAAAGAGAAGUUUCUCUCUGUUUUUGGGAUGCUUACAGAAGCAUGUAAAGCAAGCAAUGAUACAAAGAGGUAUAGUGACUGCUUGACCUCUGAGGCAUAUUGUAUCCUUUCCCACUGCGCGUGUCAUCUGCCAUGUCCACCAGCUGUUGCUAAGUUUAAGGAGGCUGACAAGAUACAAAAAGAAAUUAAAGAUGACUCGUCCCUUGUGCGUGCAUUUUGCCUGAGUAAACUUGGCCGCUGUUUUGGCCAACAGAGAGAUCUGAAAGAAGCCCUUCCACGUAUAAAGCAGGCAAUUGAGAUCAGGAAGCAACACAAGGAUAGGAUUUUUGUGGCAGUGGGUUAUAAAGACCUUGGAGCUGCUUAUGCAUUCAAUGAUGCUCACCAAGAAGCAAACAAGUUCAGAGCGGAAUACUCCCUCCCAGUGUAUUUGGAGUUGCUUGGAGACCAUCCCUUUACUGCCACUCUGAUGGAUGACAUGGGUAUAUCAUACCAGGCCCUUGGAGACUAUGAAAGUGCUAUUAAGUUCCUCCGUGAAGCACUGCGCGUGAGGAAUCAUUCACUGGGUGACCACCAAGAGACAGCACGUUCCUUCCAUGGUCUUGGAAAGGCUCUAGAUAUGAAGGGGGAGCUGAAUGAGGCCCUAGAAACUCUGAGAAGUGCACUUGGCAUUCAAGACAAGGUUUUAGGGAACCAUCAGGAGACAGUGCGCACACAUAGAGAGAUAGCUCAUGUCCUCAAACAGCUUGGGCGGCAUGAUGAAGCUAAAGAGGAAGAGCAGCUGGCUAUGAAAAAGUGGUCAUCUAUCGACGAACCACAACCAGAGAAGUGAUGAUUUACUAAAUCCACGGAGAGGAAAAUUUAUGUUUACUUAGAUCUUAAUUAGAUAAGCAAUGCUUUUUUUGUUCAGUGUGGAGUGUACUAAAUGGUGAAGUAGUAAAUAUUGGAGCUUUUCAAGCCUCAGGUUUUGUAGAAUUUUGUCUUCAAAUUAGGCUUAGAAAACAGAGACAUUUUUGUGAUGAUCAUGACUAAUGACAGCUUUUCACAACUGAAGUAAGCAAUUUGUUAAAACAUUAUCAUAGGUCCUGAUUUGUCUGUGGAAAAAUUGUCCUAAUUAUGUUUAAAAUGGUAGAGGAGAGUUUUUAAAUGCUGGACAAUUUUAAGAUUACAUACAUCAUAGGCUUGCAUUCAUCAAAGUAUAAGAAUUGUUCAAGGUUUAGCUGAGAAAUUUCUAGGAGCUUCAUGUCAGCUGGGAUAGGAUUGUAAAACUCACAGGGCUCGACACUAACGGUGGCCCACUAGUCACAGACUAGUAGAAAUUCUGUUUUGGCCGGUGGUUUUCAACUUCCACUGGCUAGUUUGGCUAGUAAACAAGCUGAAAUUGUCGUAACAUCUAAGAUGUCACCAGCCACCAGGCUAAUAAGUUGAAAAGUUAGUGUUGAGCCCUGACUCAGCUGACAUAUAUGUAUGAACCAGUUAUUUAAGAACAUUUUCAAUUUGAUACACUGUAGUUUUAAUGUUGUGUAAAUAGAAAUUCCAUUUCCAAGGCAUAGAUGUACAUGUAUACACCCUUCUCCUGAUUAAGUAAACAAAAGCCUGUUUAUGCAAUUAAAUUAAAUUAUAUGAAUUUAGUAGCUUA